AUGAAUAAGGAAGUGUGCAAAAGGUUCCAGAAUGUAAGGGACUUGCUUUCCGAUGAAUUGACCAGUAGUGGAAGCUAUAAUUUUAAAGAUGGUGAACUUUUAAAUAAUUAUUGUGAUAGUAAUCAAUGUCAAAGUGAGUUCGAUAGAAUAAGUGCUGGAUGUUUAUAUUUGUUGUAUCAAUUCUAUAAUGAUGAUGGUAUGUUCCCCUCUCCUAAAAAUAGUAACCCCUAUAUUGUUGAUUACAUUCUGAUAUGGUUAAGUUAUAUGUUAAACCUGUACAAAACUAAUGAAUACGACAGUAUAAAGAAUUUUUAUAAUGAUUACAUAAAGAAUGGUCAUAAUUAUAACAAGGAAACAAAUGAGUUAAUUGGUUAUUUGAAUUAUAAGGGUCUUAUAGAUGCAAGAAAUAAUUUGUUGUAUAUGGAUAGUAAUAUUGUAUCUGAAUUUUAUGAAGCAUUUAAAUUAUUAUGUAACAUGUAUAAUGAACUUGAUGAUGAAAAAAUAAAAUGCAAGAAAUAUUUGGAAGAUAAUAAUGAAUUUGAUAAAAAAUAUAAAGAACUUAACCAAAAUACUAGUAUUACUAAAAAUGAUUCAUAUAAUAAACUAUUGUCCACUUUAUUAAUUGAUUAUAAUGAUUUUAAAAAAGUAUGUAACGAUACUUCAUCCUCCACAUCGAAAGAAACAGAACACACUCCUGGAAAAACUCUUGGACAAGAUUAUGGACUAUAUUCUGGACAAGAAUCUGGACAAGAAUCUGGACAUGAAUCUGAACUAUAUUCUGGAUUAGAAUCUGGACCGAAUUUUGAAUCGAUUUCUGAAGCUACAUCAUCAAGUUCGUCGAUAACAAGCAAAUUAAUUCCAGUUUUAUUGAUACUUGGUGCAAUACCAAUUUUUUUGGGAAUUGCUUAUAAGUAUUCAUUAUUUGGAUUUCGGAAAAGAGUUCAAAAACAUUUAAGAGAAAAGCUAAAAAAAUAA